AUUCCCCAGUGUGGCCACGGAGAGAGGGAUUCUGGGGUGUGUGGAGGGCCUGGGGGUCCGCGGGCCAGAGCUGCCUGGCCUCUACUCCUGCCUCUACCCCAGCCCAGCUGAGCCCUGCAGUCUGGCCUCAGGCCAGAAGCAGGCUCAGCAGGUCCCAAGGGGUGUGGUGGCAGCCGGCGGUGGAGCCAGCCUACAUCGGCCAGGCAGUCAGCGAGGCUACACAGUGCAUCGGGAAUGGCUCAGCUUGCGGCAGCCAGAGCCUGAAGAAGCAGCGCGGCCAUGAGCCCUCUGCUGUACUACGCCCUUCCCGCCCUGAGCAGCUAUGUCAUGCUCUCCAUCUUCUUCCUGCGCCGGCCUCGCCUGCUGCAUACGCCAUGGGUUUCAGCCUUCUGUCCCCGCCUGGGGGCCCACCGGGGAGCUGCCCCACACAGGAUCUGGAGAGCGCCUGGAGAACACCAUGGAGGCCAUGGAGAACGCCAUGGCCCAGAAAGCCGACCUCCUGGAGCUCGACUGCCAGCUGACUCGGGAUGGCGUGGUGGUGGUGUCACACGACAAGAACCUGUACCGCCAGUCAGGCGUGAAUAGGGAUGUGGGCAGCCUGGACUUUGAGGAGCUGCCCCUCUACAAGGAAGAGCUGGAGGUUUACUUCUCGCCGGGCCACUUUGCACACGGGUCAGACAGGCACAUGGUGCGUCUGGAGGACGUGUUCCGGAGGUUCCCGUGGACGCCCAUGAGCUUGGAAGUCAAAGAGCAAAAUGAAGAGCUCAUUCGCAAGAUAGCGGGCCUGGUGAGGCACUAUGAACGCGAUGAAAUCACCAUCUGGGCCUCGGAGAAGAGCUCAGUCAUGAAGAAGUGCAAGGCCGCUAACCCCGAGAUGCCCACCGCCUUCACAAUAAGCCGAGGAUUCUGGGUGCUGCUGCUCUAUUACCUGGGGCUGCUGCCCUUCAUCUCGAUCCCUGAGAGGUUCCUCAUCUCUUUCCUGCCCACCAUCAUCAACAGGACCUACUUCCCAUUUUCCUGCUCUGGGCUGAAUCAGCUGGCGGCUGUGGUUUCCAAAUGGCUUAUCAUGAGGAAAAGUCUGAUCCAACACCUGGAGCAGCGAGGGGUGCAGGUGGUAUUUUGGUGCCUUAACGAAGAGUCAGAUUUUGAAGUGGCCUUCCGCCUGGGGGCCACUGGCGUCAUAACUGACUACCCGACAGCCCUGAGGCGCUACCUGGACCACCAUGGACCACCUGCCCUGGCCUCCUAACCCAGAGGUGCUCACCCUCUCCUCUAUUUCUCUUCCCCAAUAAAUGUAUUCUCUUCA